AUGCCGCAAAAGCCGAGCGACAAGCAAAUGGAGGGAUACAAGCAGAACAACCCGAAACUCCAAAUUCUGACCACCUCGACCGGGGCCCCCAUCCACGAGAAGAAGGCCGUCCUCACCGUGGGCCCGCGGGGACCGAUGCUAAUGCAGGAUGUGGUCUAUAUGAACGAGAUGCAACACUUCGACCGCGAGCGUAUCCCGGAGCGCGUCGUACACGCCAAGGGGGCUGGCGCCCACGGCUAUCUGGAGAUCACCCACGACAUCAGCAAGUACACCCGAGCCGAGGUGUUCUCGAAAGUCGGCAAGCAGACGCCGUGCUUCGUCCGUUUCUCCACUGUUGGUGGCGAGUCCGGCUCCUCAGACACCGUCCGUGACCCGCGCGGCUUUGCCAUGAAGUUCUACACGCAGGAGGGCAACUGGGACUUGGUUAACAGGAACACCCCCAUCUUCUUCAUCCAUGACCCGAUCUUCUUCCCCUCAUUUGUCCACACCCGGAAGAGAAACCCGCGGACGCACUUGAAGGACCCGGAACGCCAUUUUCGACUGCAACCACCGCCCGGAGGCCAUCCACCAGGUGAUGUUCCUCUUCUCGGACCGCGGCACCCGGAUGGCCAUCGCCACAUGAAUGGCUAUGGCUCGCAAACCUUCAAGCUGGUGAACAAGGACAACGAGGCGGUGUACUGCAAGUUCCACUUCAAAACGAAACAGGGCGUCAAGAAUCUCCCCGUCGACAAGGCUAACAAGUUGGACUCUGACGAUCCAGUUUACUCGAUUCGUGACCUGUCUAAUGCUAUUGAAUCUGGAGAUUUUCCACAGUGGAAUGUGUUUAUUCAGGUGAUGACCUUCGGGCAGGCCGAGAAAUUUGAGUUCAACCCCUUCGACGUGACUAAGGUGUGGUCCCCAGAAGGACUUACCCUC